AUGUCGUACACUCCCGAGGAGCUCAACCGGAUUGCCAUUGCAGGGCGAAUCUCUUCAGUGCUCUCUAUUCUGGGCUCAUUCACAAUAAUCGGCGCCUUUGCUCUCUCGCGACACUUCCGGAGCCCUAUUCAUCGUAUAAUAUUUUUCAAUGCCUUUUAUAAUCUGUUCGACUCUGUCGCCACCAUGAUAUCCACUAGUGGACCUGCAGCUGGGGAUACUUCGUCGCUAUGCCAAUUCCAAGGCUUCGCGCUGCAGAUGUUUCCAGUAGCCGACGUGCUCUGGACAUUCGCAAUGGCCUUGGAUACAUACUUGGUUGUCUUCUAUCAUUUUGAUACUCUGUCUUUGCGCAAGCUCGAAGUCAAAUACAUUAGUGUUAUCACUGCUCUCUCCUUCAUACCUGCCUUUGUCUUUCUCUUCAUCCGCGGUCAUGAGAAAGGUCCUAUAUAUGGCGACGAAACCAUCUGGUGCUCAGUAGCUCGCAGUUGGAUGAUCCUGCGCAUAAUCUUCUACUAUGCACCCGUAUGGCUGAUAAUAGUAAUCGUCCUAAUACUGUACUCUCUCAUCGGUAUCGAGAUAACCAGAGUGCGCGACGAGUUCAAAUUGAGCGAGGACGAUCACAUCGCUCUGACCUCUAACAACUCCGCUAGCAGCAUCACGACAAGCGCGGAUGCGAAUUCCCGGAGAAAAACUGGGUUGACCCCAGAAUCUACCAUAACAAGCGAUAUCACGGAACAAAAUACGUUCCAGCGUCCGCCUCCAUCCAGAAACGCCUCGACUACUUAUCAAACCCCGAAACAGAGACGUGUGUCGCUGAGGCAGUAUGUGAUCAUGCCAUCGCUUUUCUUCCUAGCGAUGCUAGCAACGUGGAUUGCACCGACCAUCAACCGUAUCGCGGAAUUCGCGCAUCAUGAGCAUGGAUCUUACUCGCUUCUGCUCUCCGGUGGAAGCGACGAGCUUCGGAGAGGAGGAUGGCUCUUAGACAGAAUAGAAAUCUUCGUGGGUGACAUGGAUCUCAUGAUGCCAUCGUUCUGCAUGUUCAAAUGA